AUGUCCGGCGUCUUGUACUACCUGCGUCUACCCAGCAGCUUUCUGCGACGCAUCACUGGGAACUCAAAGACGAAAAAGGUCAACGUCCCUUAUCCCGCGAGCAAGCAGCCGGAGGCGUUCAAAACUCCGGUCCCGACACCGUUCCCCAACUGGUCGAUCGAGACGACCAAGCCGAUGCCUUAUCGCGCGUUCCGAUACGGACCCAAGUACAAUGUCACCAUGGGCCUUCGAUCUAUCCAGCCCGAGCAGUGGAUUGAGCUCGACAAUCAGUUCCCCAAGUACCACGCCGAGAAGAAGGCCCGAAUCGCAGACCGAGGCCGUAAAUGUGUCGACACCCACCCGGACGCUUAUCCCGCAGCCAUGGAGCUUCUCCAAGAGUUGGUCGAUUACCUCCCCGGUCGAUACCCUACAUUGUUCAAGAGGACUGCGGUUGGCAUUGACAACAUCUGGUCUGGAGAGUCUUUCAACAUCGUCGAGUCUCCGCUCGCCGAGGACCCCAUGGCAAUCUGUGCCCGCCUUGUGCAGGAUGACUUGGCUCUGAUGAUUGAGCGACCAGAUGGACAAUACUACUUGCUCGCCGGUGCUAUUCUCUUGGCAGGCUUCUGGAGGUUGUCGGACAAGUACGGCAUGACGUUGUCGGACAUUCACUACUCGGGCGACGUGCCUCAUUACAAGGAGAAGUUGGAGACUGGCAUGCUCAAGUUUUUCAAGCGCCUCAAGUGCGACACCUUCUUCACCCGCAACAACUACUUCAUCCAAGUAGAUGACUCUUUGUCCUGGAGCUGGAGUAUCGGCAGCGAGGAUGGCGAGACCGUCAGCUGGAGCACUGCCCAACGGGACAAGCCCGUCGAAAACCACUGGUUCCGCUCUGAGAGACAAUCCCUCCGCAGACUGCCCAAGACCGGCGCCGUCUGCUUCACGGUUCGCACGUACUUCCUGCCUGUCACCGAGAUGGCCCAGGAGGACUACGUGCCGGGUAGACUGGCGAGUGCUGUCCGCAGCUGGGAUGGGCCGGUCUCUGUUUACAAGGGCAAGGAGAAGUACGGCAAUGUCCUGCUUGACUACCUCGACAAGGAGCACGAGAAGCAAGUUGAGAACGGGUUGAAGCUGGAGGAGGAGGAUGAAGUGAGAAAGUACCCGUGGUAA